AAAUAUGGUUUUACCACAUGCACGUGCUGCGCUAUAAACGAUUUCAAUGUGAAAAAGCCAAGUAGCGCGACCAGCCCAUUGGUUAGUUAGCACAACUCCCCCCCCGCACUGCUGGCGGCGGCCGCUCUGGCAUCGAUUUUUAUUCGUACCCGAAUGCAGCGGAAUUUUACAAAACUUUCCCACUCGAAGCACCCAAAGUAAAGCCAGUCGGAUCGGAACAGAGCAUUCAGAAGACGGACGGAUAUGAAAGAGAACGGACACAUCACCCUUACGCUCUCGUCAGGGGCGGUAGCCAGCACGGAUGAGCGGGGCCGAAAGAGUCUGCGGCGGGCUUGGAAUCAGUUGCCGCGUUGUCAACGCAAUCUCAUUAUACUCGGCGUAACGGCCUUUUGCGUAACGGUCUUGCUCUGUUUAACCGGCGACCAAUUGAUUGCCGCGAGCAUCAAGGAUGUCGAGGAGAAGGCCAUAGCUUCCCCCUAUCAGCUGCGACGCGAGAUCCCACUGCAGAAUCCCCACCACCAUCCUGACAAGGAUAAGGAUCUGAUCGCUGCUGCUGCUGCUGCUGCUGCCACACCGUCCGCAUUAGAUAGACGCCUGCCCAACCCAAACCCAGAGCCCGCUGAUGAUAAGUUUGAUGGAAAUAUUGCCUAUGGGGAAGCGAACUCGGCUGAGAAUGUGGUUCGAGUGCCAGAUACACCAGCUGUGGCACUGCCGGCGCUGCUGGACAAGACAGUGGACAACGACGGCAGCAUCGAUAUACUGAACAAUGUGGAGGAGCCCAUCGAGCGUCUGCCCAUUGAGCAGCUGGACGAACGCGAACAGCUCAACGAAGCCAUACGGAGUCCCUUACACUUGGGCGGCAUCAGCAUUAAGCGCCACCUGAAGAAGAUUCAGCCGCUCUUGGCCAAGGGGCAGCACUUCCAUGGCGCCACAAACGAGCGACAAUCCGCGGUAGUGGCUGCCUUCAAGCACUCCUGGGCCGGCUACCAGAAGUACGCCUGGGGUCACGACAACCUGAAGCCCGUCUCGCAGUUCUCCCACGAAUGGUUCGGCCUGGGCCUGACUAUUGUCGACGCUCUGGACACCAUGUACAUAAUGGGGCUCGAUGAGGAGUUCAAGGAGGCUCGUGACUGGGUGGAUCUUUCCCUGCGCUUCAGCACGAAGCGCGAUGUGAAUCUCUUUGAGGUGACAAUACGUGUGCUGGGCGGUCUGCUGUCUGCAUACCAUUUGAGCGGCGACACGAUGUUCCUCAGCAAGUCGGCGGAAUUGGGUAAUCGCCUGCUGCCGGCCUUCCUCUCGCCCUCGGGCAUUCCCUAUUCGGAUGUGAAUCUCGGCGACCUGUCCGCCCACUCGCCCAAAUGGUCGCCAGACAGCUCCACCAGCGAGGUAACCACCGUCCAGCUGGAGUUCCGUGACCUGAGUAGGUCCACAAAUAUUUCCAUUUAUGAGAACGUCGUAAAUAAGGUAAAUGAGAAGGUCCACGAUCUGGAGAAGACCGAUGGACUGGUGCCCAUAUUCAUCAACGCCAACACGGGCACCUUCCGCAACUAUGCCACCAUUUCGCUGGGAGCCCGUGGCGACUCCUACUACGAGUAUCUGCUCAAGCAGUGGAUUCAGACAGGCCGCAAUGAUAACGACAAUCUCAUUCUGGAUUAUAUGCAGGCCAUUGAUGGGGUGCUCACGAAGCUGAUGCGCCGCACCCCACGUGAGCACUGGGUGUACAUUGGGGAGCUGAUCAACGGCAAGGACUUCAAGCCCAAAAUGGACCAUCUGACGUGCUACUUGCCGGGCACCUUGAUCCUGGGCCACCAGAACGGCAUGCCCGACUCUCAUCUGAUACUCGCCAGAGAUUUGCUGGACACCUGCUAUCAGACGUACAUGCAGCACCCCACCCAUUUGGCGGCCGAGAUAUCGUACUUUGCACUGACGGACAAGGAGGAGCACGACAUUUAUGUGAAGCCAAACGACGCGCAUAAUCUGCUGAGGCCCGAGUUCAUCGAGAGUCUGUAUUACUUCUACGCGAUCACUGGCAAUCGCACAUAUCAGGACAUGGGCUGGACCAUCUUCCAGGCGUUCGAGACCCACGCGAAAGUGAAUGCGGGUUAUACAUCGCUGGGGAACGUUCGGAAUACGCAGAACACGCGCAUGCGGGAUCUGAUGGAGAGCUUCUGGCUGAGCGAAACCCUCAAGUACUUCUAUCUGCUGUUCAGCGACAAUCGCAAGGAGAUCGAUCUGGACCAAUGGGUCUUCAAUUCGGAGGGUCAUCCACUGCCAGUCUAUCCGCCUAAGACAUAAAUAGCAUCUAAGCACAAGACUACUAGAAGUUUGCGCAACAAAAAGCUGUGCAUGUGAGCCGAUUUGCGCAGCAUUUAAGCUGCCACAACCGUAUCGUACUUUAGCGCAAAUGCCAAAUACUAUGCUAAGCUAUGAAAUGGCUAGACAGCCACAACUGGCCGCCUGGCUGUGUAGGGAGUAAGGUAAUGCCCCCACAUAAAAACCUAUCACCACUAUCAUCAGAGCAGUCGAUUCUGUAUCAUAUUAUUUGUUCUAAUUUGAUACCUGUUAUUUCGUAAUAAUUUAUUUCUCUCGUAUAAGCACCUACCACUAAUCUCUGGUUGGGGCAGGAGCCCUCUCUCAUUAGUUGUAGCAUCUUAUCGCUGGUAGCAACGCCAAUCGAAUCAAUCUGCAGGUCUUACAUUUGUAAUACCCCCCACCCCACUGUAAUACCCUGUAGUCGAAUAUUAUGUAUGUAUCUAGCAGUAGUACGUUUAUGUUUGCAGAAAUUUUAGCAACCGGCGGCACAAAGUCGAUUUGUGUGUUCGAAUAUGUAGGAAAGGAGGCAUGUGUGUAAUGCAAGGAUUGAAUCUCACAGGAACUCGAAUCCAAGUCCCCAAGUUAUAAGCAGAGCCAACAAUACAUACGUGUUGAAUAAAAUGCAAAUAGUUUUUAAAA